GGGAUUGGCUGACAAUUGGACCAGUAUGUCUGGCAGGAAUAUUUGUGUUAUUUCUUUUGUUCCCUUUGCAAAUUCUUAUGGGAAAACUCUCUAGAAUUUUAAGACAAAAGUUGGAUGUGUAUACAGGCCAGCGACUACGUAAAUUACAGCUGAUUAUUGGGGGAAUUAUGGAACUGAAGAUGGGUUGCUGGGAAAACUUCUCUGAGAAAAUGCUAAACACUGCUAGAGAUGAAGAGCUAACUCACAUGAAGAAGCUGUCACGUCUGCUUAGUUUCAACAGUGCCUUGACCUUGACUGCAGGCAAGCUGGUGAUGUUUGUGACCUUCAUGCUGCUGCUGGUGAUGGGGCGACCUGUGACCUCAAUGCAGGUCUUCACCUCCAUGGCCCUGUAUGAGGCUCUGAGGAUCAGCAUCAGCAUUCUACUACCUUCUGGACUACUGUUCUUCAAUGAUGCUCUCAGCAUCAUGAGGAAAAUACAAGAAUUUCUUUUAAUGGAUGAAAAGGGUUCCCUGUCUUUGUGUCGCUCAGGUCUUCAGGAACUUCAGGGAAACUUAGCAGUCAAGUUCUCCAAUUACUGUGCUAGUAAGGAAAAGAGUCUCGAUGCACCUGUCUCAUUAGUAAACCUAGAUCUUGAUGUGGAAAAGAGUAAACUAUAUGCAGUAAUAGGACCUCCUGAUGGUGGAAAGGGUUGCCUCCCUUUAGCUGUGAUUGGUGAAUUAGAGCGCAUCAAGGGCCAGCUGUUUCAUCAUGGCCGCUUGGCCUACAUUCCCUGUCAACCAUGGCUGUUUCCAGGAACCAUUCGCGAGAACAUUGUGUUUGGUUCCGAGUUUGUGCGACACCGGUAUAACCAGGUUCUACAAGCAUGUGCCCUGUAUCAGGUGAUUGAUGCAUUUCCACAAGGGGACGUAACUGUUGUAGGAGACAGAGGUGUGAGCAUUGACAACACCAUACAAGCCAAGAUUACACUAGCCAGGGCGGUGUACCAGAAUGCAGACAUCUACCUUAUUGAUGACAUUCUCAGUGGGAUGGAUAGCAAGUCAGCAAUACACAUCUUUAGAAAGUGUAUCUGUGGUCUGCUGUUGUCGAAGACUCGUCUGUUGAUAACUGAUAAUGCUUACCAUGCAGAACUGGCAGAUCAAGUCAUUGUCAUAUCUCAGGGUAGUAUCAGUUUCUGUGGCAGCUAUAAAGAGAUGAAGGUCCUGGGGAUCAACACCAGCUUGUUUCUAACAAGUCGCACCAACAGACACAUGGACAGUUCCAAACUGCCCAGUAUCGCAUUACCACGGAUACAGGAACUGUCGAACAUCAUCAUGCCCAGUCCACCACAAUCACCAGACAGUGUGAAAACCAGCACCACGGGGUCGUUUGAGAUGCUGCAUGCUGAUCUGAAGGAUUCGGGAGACCCUCUGAUGAUUGCUGGAGAUGGUGACGUGAGUUUCCGUCACGGGAAGUCGACCAGUGGAAGUGCCUACAGGUGGUACUUCCUGCUCGGUGGAGGUUUCCUUGGUGUCGCAGGAUUUAUCAUCUUGUGUCUACUAGAACAGGGAACAUUUGUCUUAUGCGAAUGGUGGCUGGCACACUGGGCAGAAAACUUUCAGGUUAUUGAUGUCUCACAGCUGGUGAAUACAACGGUAUUUGGCUAUGCUGGAGGUAAAGUUUCACUGGACAGUAAGAUCUACAUCUACCUGGGUCUCGUCUUCUUCACCGUCUUCGUGGGAUUCCUGCAGGCAGCGCUGUUCUUCUGGAUCGCUAACUCAGCGUCGACAGUCCUCUACAGACUGGCACUGUCCACACUGCUGGAGGCACCCAUGUCUUUCUUUGACAAUAACAGUCCAGGUGGUGUGUUGAGUCAGUUUCUGCGAGAUAUAGGGAUAGUUGACAACAUGCCUCCCAUAUUACUAGAUUGUAUACAGUCAUUCAGUGUUCUUCUUGCGACGGUGCUGGUGGUUGCGGCUGUCAACUACUGGCUGUUUCUUCUAGUCAUUCCUCUGUCCAUCACAUUCAUGGUGGCUCGCCGCUACUUCCACCGCUCAACACAGGAUGUCGAGAGGAUCGAGUUGGCCUCAAAGAGUGCUGUUGGUGCCCACAUUGUGAGCAGUAUGGAAGGCAUUCAGACUCUGCGAGCAUUUGGUGUAGAGCAGAGAUUUCUGCACAACUUUGAUGUGACCCAGGACCGCAGUACAGCAGCCAGCUAUCUUCAUCUGGCAGCCAACCGCUGGUUCGGGAUGAGGGUCGACAUCAUCGGCUUUCUCAUCGUCGUUGGCACAACCAUGGGUGCAAUACUUGUUGUACAGUAUCAAGAAUUAUAUCUGCCAAACAGUUUAAUUGGUCUGUCUUUGUUUUAUGCUCUAAAUCUGAUCAACGUACAGCAACCAGCCAUGAAGAAGUCAGUGGCUGUCCACUUCAAGAUGCAGUCGACGGAGAGAUUACUUCAGUAUUACCAGAUGAUUCCGGAGCUGGACACGGCUGUGGACGUUCAGGUGACGCCGUCUCUCACCUGGCCGCAGUAUGGCAUCGUUACCUUUGAGGGCGUCUCGGUCUCACAUGGCGCCAAAGGACCAAAUGCACUGAAAAGUGUUUGGUGCUGUGUUCGGGCAGAAGAAAAGAUGGGUUUUCUUUUCAAAACUGCAGCUGAGCAAAGAGCAUUCAUUUCUGUGUUGUUUCGGCUGUCAGAGUACGUUGGUGUGGUCAGAAUAGAUGGAAUUGAUGUCAUGAACAUCAGUCUACCCAGACUGCGGGAUAAAAUAGCCAUUGUACAACAGAAUCCAUUAUUGUUCAUGGGAACCAUUCGUCAGAAUCUAGAUCCCAUAUCAAGAUAUACAGAUGCUCAAGUCUGGAGAGUGUUAGAGGAGGUUAACCUGUCAUCAUUUGUUGAAACACUUCCCCAGCAGUUAUAUACAGACAUCACAACAGUGAUCGAUCAUUUCUCAACGGGACAUCGGCAGCUGCUCCGAUUAGCUCGUGCCAUGCUCCGGCAGUCAAAGAUUGUCAUCUACGAGGAACCAUCGUCUAGUCUAGACCCUAAGUGCAAUGCUACAAUACAAAACUUGAUUAGAACGAAGUUUGAAAAGUGUACUUUCUUGCACAUAGCUCACUUGCCAGACACAGUCAUUGAUACUGAUAGAGUUAUGAUCAUUGUCAAUGGAAGGAUACAGGAAGUGGAAUCUCCACACAUUUUACUUCAGAACAAAAACAGUCGUUUUUAUCAGUUUGUGGAUGAGCUAGGACCGUUUGAGAUGGAGAGGUUAAAACAGUUGGCUCGAGAUAAGUUUGAAAACAAGCCCUAUGUGGCACCAAUCAUAAACCCAGAAGACUUUGAAGGAAAUGCUCCCCCAAGGACAGAAGUCAGGAGUCCAAACAAUCUCAAUGUGCUUCCAACAUUCCAUUCCUCUCGACUGGUUGGUGUCUUCAACCAGUUGCCUACCAACAAGUUCUCUACCAACAGACUCUAAGGCAGUGUUUCCAACCAUCUCGAUGUAAUGAUGUCUUCAACCAGCUGCCUACCAACAAGUUCUCUACCAACAGACUCAAAGGCAGUGUUUCCAAUCAUCUUGAUGUGAUGGUGUCUUCAACCAGCUGCCUACCAACAAACUCUAAGGCAGAUUUUAAAACCAUCUCAUUUGGUUGGUAUUUCAAGGCAGUGUUCCAGACCAUCUCAAUUGGUUGGUGUCUUCAACCAGCUGCCAACCAACAAGUUUUCUAACAAUAGAAUCUAAGGCAGUUUUUUCAACCAUCUGAAUUCGUUGAUGUUGUUGCCUACCAACAAGUUCUCUACCAGCAGACUCUAAGUCAAUGUUUCUGACUAUCUCAAUUGAUUGGUGUCUUUAAUCAGUUGCCUACCACGUUUUCUACCAAUAGAGUCUAAGGCAAUGUUUUGAGAUAUCCGUAGCUAUUGGACAUCAGUCUUUGAGAACCUGGCUUCAAUAAUGCUAGCUGAAAUAAUCUGAGCUGCAGCUGAAAUUGAGCCCAAUAGUGAUAACCAUAAAAUUAAAAAAAGAAAGAAACCCCAACCUGACUUGGAUAUUGGUAGCUAAAAUACCUUGCUUGACUACUGUUGAAGUCAUGUGGCCUUACAUAGCAGAGGGUGAGAGGAAAAAUGGCAGUUGCCCUUCCCACAAAGUUAAAAAAGUGCCCUUUUUGUUUUAAAGUGUCUUUUCUGUCUCACCGAAGAAACUAUAUUACUGUGCCAUUUUUUUUAUAUUAUUAUUCCAGUUAUUUUAGGCGAAGUUCAACUCUGAGCUGAGCCCAGGACCUGUGUUAUACUCAAAUCUUUAAUGGUGUCUCCUGCAUGCAAUUUGUAUGGCGUGGCCAUCAUGUCUCAAGAUGUUAUUAAAGUCUCAGUGUAGACUCUAAAAACACGGAGCCACAACUAGCCAGAUUCAGAAAAAGAUGUGCAAUACUAAAAUCAUGGGGAAAAGAGAUUUAUAUAAUCAUAUUAGUGAUGUUUUCUAAUAUUUGGAUCCAGAUGUUUUAAGCAUAGUGAAAUUAACCCUUAGUCAGUCUAAUAUUGUCCUUUUAAUUAUUAUUGCUCAGAUACAAAAUAAACUUUUGAUUUGAUUAUGUAUGGAUACCUUUGAUUGUUUUAAAUCAAUUUUCAAUAAUAUGUUUUGAAUUAUUAUUUUUAUUGAUUCAAUACUUGGUUUUUAACAUUUCUGUUAACCACAGAUUAAGUUUAAAUAGAUUAGCGUUGAUUGGUGAUCUUUAACAACUGAUCUAAAUAUUUUAUUAUGACAUCAUUGUAAAUUUGCAUGCUCCAGUCCGUACUUGUUGUUCCAUGCAUCCUAGAACAUUAUUAUUCAAUACCAAUACUAAGUCAAUGUUCUAUACAUACUAGGUCUAUGUUUCCAUGUUUAAAGAUGAUUGCUAUACAAAUAAAAUGUCUUCAGAUCUUGUGACUUGACAAACAGUUCUGAAUGAAGUCAGAAUUACUGUUACAGACAUGUACCUCUGUCUCAAUUUUAUCUUUGAAAAUUAAAACAUAUGUAUGCACUUCUUCACAAAAAAUAUAAGUUUUAUUUAGUGGAAAAAAAAACCCAUGCACUUUUAUAUCUUAUUAAUAUUAUUUUAAAUUGUUCCAUUUUUUGGAAUAGAUUCUUUUAUUUGUGGCUCAAAUACUUUAUGCAUAUCUUACUUUUUCUUGGUUUUAUCUUCAUGCUUUAUUUUAAUUCACCACUGCCUUGUUUUAUCCAGUUUUAUUUCAUUUUUGUAACCUCAUCUGAUGAAAUAGUAAUUCUGUGGAUUAUUCUACAGUCUAUAACCUGGCUGUCUUGGUGCAAUUUACUAUUCAAUACAUACAUGUGUGCAAACAAAUAGAUGCAAAAAUAUUUAUAAUAGAUGUUUAUAUAUUGUGUCUUACAUGAAUCUAAUGAAAUUGUACUUUAUGGAAAACAAAGUCUGAAACAGGAUUUCAGCUUAAUGGAUUAAACUGUUCUAAGCCAUCUAUAUGUAUAUAUAGGCACUGUACACAUUUAAAAAUUAUGCUUGCAAAAUGCAGGAAAUUGCAGAACAUCUAAUUUGUGUUUGUAACUUAAACCCAACAAUGAAUAAAUAGGUUAAAAGCCUAGCUACACCCCCAUGGUACCCUGAAGUGGAUAUAAUCAUUACAUGUAUGUUAAAUACAGAAGGCUAAAAUUUAAGUCAAUUGAUGUUUUAUUUUUGUGGUAAUAUUUAAAGACUGAUAUGCUAAAAUGAUAUUGUAUGUUGUUAAUAUUGUUGUGAAUUACAGCAUAAACAUUUCCAUUUGAUCUCAGUGAAAUGUUCAUAAUGAUAUGUAAAAUAACUGUUUGUUUACCAUUAAUUGUAAAAAAAAAGAUGAACACAUUUCAUCCUUGAAAUUGUUGUAAAGGAUAUAUACUAUAAAAUACAGUGAAACCCCUCAAAACCGGACACCCUUGGGGCCAAGUAAAAUGUCCGGUUUUAAGAGGUAUUCCAUUUAGAGAGUUUAUUUUCUGUACUGAUUUUUUAAAAAGGACCGUGGAAAAUGUCUGGUUUUGUAGGAAUUCCAGUAUACAGAGGGUCCGUUUUUGAGAGGUUUCACUGUAAUAUGAAGAGUUCAUAUCCAUAACAUGAUAUAUACCAAAUUCCAGAUUUUGGAGUCAGCAGAGAAGGUAUUCUGAUGUUAGUACAUGUAAUACUCAACAUGACAAUGAAGUGUCUCUAAACAUAAUCUAUACCCAUUGAAUAUGGUGGUGAAACUGCUUUAUGUGAUAUAUGCUGCGUCAAGUCACAGUAAAACCAUGUUUUUCUCAACAUGUAAUAGAUAUAUAGCAUUUUGUAAAUGAACUCUUCAUAUGUAUGUUUACCAUUACAUAUGCUAACACUCCAGUACAUGAAGCUGACCAGUGUUUUAAAUAAUCUUACCUAAAAACCAGAGUUGAAAUAUGUAGUCUACAGUUAGCAGAAAUUAUCAUUGUUUUUUUAAAUCUUGUAAACCUUUUAAAACUUGGUAAGUCAUAUAUUAAUAUAUUUUAUGAUUUUAACCCUUUAAGUCUGGCCUUCAGGCUGUGGAAUGUUUUAAAAGAUAUUUCUUUGCACAAAAUUAUCAUAUUGAUUACAGUUAUGAGAUCACAUUUUACUGAUGGCAUACCUGAAUUGUAUACAAUAAUAUGUGUUUAUAACAGCUGACCUACUUUAGCCAUGUAUUCCAUUUCGAUAAAGCAAUUCCAGCUCGAGGAAAAAAAUGUUUUUUGCGAGGGCCAAGGUUUACCGAGGCCCUGGAGGGUGAAAUUGCCUUAUUUACACCCCACAAACAGUAAAUGAUUCUUUUUAUGGCCCAUUUAUUUGCAAAACAUUAAUUUUGUAAGCUAAGAUUUGUUUAUAUACAACAAUCCAUAAACACUUCACCUACAAACUCAUUUAAUCAUACAUGGACAAAUAUAGUCCAUAUUAUGCAAUAAUUUAAAAAUAUAACAACUCAACCAUAAAUAUAAAUAGUAUAAAACAAUGAUUCAACAUGAAAUAACAUGGGGAACAAGUAAUUCAACAGAAUUGUGACAAACAUGAGUUAGUAUGUCAGUCAUUGUAAAACAUGACUUAUAAUCAGACGUAUUUAGAUAUCGUCUAGCCCUCGAGUCAUACAGAUUUAUCUAGCCCCAUGCAAAAGCUGGCUAAUUCAGUCCAGUGUGAAAAAAUAAAGAUUGUUUGGGGGGAAAGUGUGCCAGUCAAAAAAUGCCAGUCUUUCCAUUUGUGGUAGAAAGGUUAUACAUUUUGUAUUAUGUUAUGCUGUAUGUUAGGAUAACUGGCACACAAUCUUAAGCCUGGGAUGGAGGAGAACACUCCAUAACCCCCCUCCAGGUGCACAGUAUCAUAAAAUUCUUAGAUAAUUUACAAGACUGCAUUCGUAAUGUAUUUUGACAUAAAAAAGAUAAUUUGAAAAGUUUAGUUUUCUUAUUUCUGUAAUAUCCACUAGUUGGUUUAUUUCUUUAAUCAUACCAAACAAACAAACAAAUUUCAAGUCUUAUAAAUUGCCUACAUGUAUAUAUGACGGAUUUGAAAUACACCAAAAUAAUUUAUUAAUACUCAUUAUACAUGAUGUUAAUUUGAUUAAAUUGGUUAUGUGAAACUGGCCAAUAUUUUCUGUAAUCUUGGACAGUCUGGUUAUUCAUAACAAAGAAUAUAGAAUGUUCUCAUUGUCUGGUUAUUAAUAACAGACUAUACUUCUUACACAGAAUAUUCCCACUUUUCAUAUUAAAGGUGCCAUCUCAAAGUUACAUAAUGGCCACUUCCCGCCAAAAUUAUUCAUUAAUUUCUGCUUCGAAAUGUAAAAAUGAUGUACCUUCAUCUAAUAUGUACAUAAAAACUUACAACAAAAUAAUUAAAUUGGUAAUUUGUUUAUUGGAAAAUCUUUAAAAGAUGACCUAUGGAAUUGGGCAUGUCGAGGCAAGCACUCCAUAUUAUGCCAGGAGGAUGCUGCCAAAUUUGCUGUCUGUGCAACUCUUGUUUCUGGUGGCCCAAUUUAACUACUGACAAUCAACUUGCAGAUUUGGUGUAUUUUCCAAUUUCUUACAAUUUAAGACAAGAAUUGUACUGAAUGUGACUGUGUAUAGUGUCAAAACACAUUAUAAUUUCAACAUUCCCCGAGCCAUUUAUGCAAAGGUUAUGUGUGAGAUCAAUGAAUUUGUAGUUAUUUACUACAAAUAAAUGUAAAAAUAAGAAAAUAUGGCUCUUGUAAAUAAAUGUGUGAUAUAGCUCAUUUAAUUAUAACUUGGGAUACUCUUAUGCAGAAUGUCCAGUCUGCAAUUCAUACAUGAUCAGUUGAAAAGACUAUAAGACCAUAAAAAUAUUACUUUCUGUAACCCAUAAAAAACACUUUUUUCUUCUUCUCCCCCCCCCCCCAGUAAAAUAUUGAUAAAAUGGUAAAGGUACAGAAAAUCUUAAUACAUGGAUAACCUAAGCAUAAAGACUGGACACAUUGUGUAUAUGCAACUGUUUUUAGAACUAGUCAUGUAAAUCUUUUGUUGAAUCUCAUUUGUAUAUUUUUGUUACAAAGCAUAAAAAGUAAAAUGUCAAA